AUGAGUGCAUUAGCAAACCCUAUUAUUGAUGAGACCACCGAGGGUAAAGCUUCUUCUUCUUCCUCCCCCUCACCAAAAGCAACGUUAAAACUAUUCGGUUUCCUAUUAACCCAAGCUGGUAAUAUUAAUAAUAAUGAAGACAUUCACAUGCCAGCAAGUAGCACCAAUAUUCCUUAUAGUAGUACUUACAAGAGAUUCACAUGCGACUUUUGCUACCGCAAAUUCUCGAAUUCUCAAGCUCUUGGUGGCCACCAAAAUGCGCACAAGAGAGAACGCAAAAUGGUCGCGCUUUCACCCUUUGGAUACUACCAUCAUCAUCAUCAUCCAUGGUCCAAAGCACCUUCCCCAAUCGUGGUUCCGCACGGAGGAUUAUCAGGACCGUUGAUUCGUCCACGUGGGGGGCCUCACCAUGAGGUUGGGUUUGUUAGACCAAUGGGUGCAAGCAUGGGAAUAGAGACUAAUAUUGUUGAUGGUGAUGUUGAUCUUAACUUGAGUUUGGCUCACACACCUUCCAAUUUCAGGGACAAUAAGAAAAUUGCCAAGUGGAGGAGAACUUGA